CGUCAAGCAUUGCUGGACGAAGCACGGCGAGGAAUCUGAAGCCGAUUUGCCACCCCGCCUCGCUGACUUCGAAACGAAGUACAAUGAAUCCGUUGACAGGCAGCGUGCGGCACGAGGCUUGACCCAGGAGGACGACCUCGAUUCCGAUGCGGAUGAUGAGGCGGCCAUUGAGGCGGCCGGGGUUUAUAAGGGCCGGGUUCCGUGCUUGGGGUCCGAGGGGCAACGGAUUUUGUAUGAUCGAAGCACCGGUGCUUCCUCUUCUCGGUCAAGGCGGGGAGAAGAUCCUCGUAUUGCUACACUGCAGCGUGAACUGGAGGAGCACGAACGGCGAUGGGAGGAGCAGCGGAAAGCAGAUGAGGCCACAAAAGCCCGGUUGGAGGAGAUGGAACGGUUCAUGCGUGCCGGAUUCCAGCCUCCGCCACAGCCUUUUCCUCCCCCGUACGUAUUCCACCCUGAGCAAACUCCUCAAGUUCAGCACAUGGGCGGUAUGGGAUUUUUCCCCACCUCCGGAUACGGUGGCAUGCCGAUGAUCUCCCCG